AUGCCAAAAUUUCACUUUGAAAAUGUCGAGAUAGCAAAACGGUGGAUUCUUAGCAAUAUCGGGAGAAAGUGGAGCAAUCACAAGUCCACAUUAUGGGUAGAAUUUUAUGACCCUUCUUUAACAAGGGAACAAUUAAUAAGCAAUUGUCCCGCUGGAAUCCAUCGAGAUCAAUGGUCAACUUUUGUUAUUAAUCGUUUAUCUGAAAAGUCAAAGGAGACGUGUCGGAGAAAUGCUGAAAGUAGGAAGUGUCAAAAAAUUCCACACACUAAUGGAUCUAAAAGUUUCGCUAGGAGGAAAGCUGAAAUGGAAAAUGAACUCGGGCGUAAGGUUAAUCGCUCAGAAUUAUGGCUUGAUACACACAAAAGAAAAGACGGGACAUAUGUUAAUGAUGAAGCUAAAAGUAAAUCAGAUGAAAUUAUACGGGAAAUGAGUCGAAGUUCAUAUUCUUCCCAGUCUCAGUUUGCUUUACCUGAUGACCCUCUUGGUAGGGUUUUUGGAAAAGAGCACGCAGGUCGUGUUCGUGGGGCAGGUUUUGGACCAUGUCCAACUAUUGCAUUCGGAUGUCGAUUUGGGUCAUCGUAUAAUGAUGGUCAAAUGAGAGAGUAUGUUGCUAGUAUGGAAAAAGAGUUGGCUGCUACGAAAUCAAUAUUGCGAGCUCAAAGUCUUCAGUUGGACGCAAAAAAUGUACAAAUGGAAGAUAUAAAAAAGAAUCUAGGUGGGGCUCUUACUACAAUUUUCGAGAAUGCACUUGGGAAAAUACCUGAACAAUUUGCUAGUUGGUUAAACCAAACGUCAAAUUUUGGACCUUCGGAUGAAAGAAGCACUCAUCCACCUUCAUCGGAGAAUGAAAGAAGAGAUUCAUCCUCUAGUCGUGAUGUAACUUAG